AGUAUAGACACUAAAGUUAUGUCGUCACGCUUAAAUAUGCAGUUAUGAAUAUCCCAUUCUCAUACCGUAUGUUCUAUUUCCAUCUAACGAGAACAACUUUAUUGCAUUUACCAAUAUUAAAACAGCUACAAAGGUGAGGUAAUGGCGCCCCCGCACUGCGAGAUUCAUUUCGAUAAUAACCCACAAGGUGUCUUUCAUGGUGGACAAAUCAUGUCCGGCUCCGUAGAACUUCGACUGGACAAACCCAAACUGGUCAAUGAUUUCAGGCUGGUGAUUUCUGGGAGAGCGGAUGUUAGGUGGGUUCAACAGAAAGGUAGAGAUCGUAAGACCUACAUCGGAGAGGAGGAACUUCUGCGAGCCGAAACCAAAUUGAUCCCACAAAGUAGCAACACAGAAAUACCAGCUGGUAUUCACACUUACAACUUUGCCAGUCCGAUCCCUCUUCAUGUUCCCACAUCUUUUGAAGGAGAGCAUGGUAAGAUUCGAUACACUGUUCGUGCAAUACUCGACCGUCCAUGGAAACUCGACCAGGCAUGCACAGCACAAUUUACAGUUUUGAAAUCUCUGAACCUCAAUCAUCGUAUUGACACACUAAAAGUCCGUAAAAAAGAAACUCUUGUUAAAACUUUUUACUUCUGGCCAUGCACCUCCAGCCCUCUCCGAAUCGAAGCAGAAAUACCAAUGUCUGGAUAUGUUCCAGGCCAAAGGAUUCCUAUCACAGUUAUGCUACAGAACGCGAGCAGCACGUCAGUUACGAGCAUUAACAGUAGCUUACAACGAAAGGUGUCCUACAUAAGUCAAAGGCCACGAGAACUGAUCCGUGUAGUCGGAAAAAGUUUGGCCAGCGUUGUGACAACUGUGACUCAUGACGAAUCAAAUACUUACUACCAACAACUGGAGAUACCUUCCAUUGCACCUACUGGAAAAUGUUCCGUUCUAGCUAUAGAAUAUAUACUCAAAGUGAAAGUGCACGUGAAUGGUUUACAUUCGAAUCCGAAAAUCAAAUUUCCCAUCACGAUUGGCACUAUCCCAUUUACUUCAUCACCAGCGAGAAUAAUCGCCCCAACAAGCCUCAGUGGUGGAUGCACCGACGAGAUCGACACACUACCCACUGCCCCACAGUUACAGCGAUCUGUGAACACCAAUGAAGAUUCACCCCCACCCUGUUAUGAGGAAGCCAUGACUGGAGUAACUAUCAAUGCAAACGAUGACGAAUCGAAUGCCAUCGGCUUCCAGGUUUCCAAGUUUGAAAGCGGCAAACACAAGUGAAUCUAUAUUUCAUUGUAUUCACU